CAACAACUACAUCAAUUCCUACUACUACUAGAGCAACAACUACAGCAAUUCCUACUACUACUAGAGCAACAACUACAGCAAUUCCUACGACUACUAAAGCAACAACUACAGCAAUUCCUACUACUACUAGAGCAACAACUACAGCAAUUCAUACGACUACUAAAGCAACAACUACAGCAGCUACUACUACUGCCUGUCUUCCUCUUCCUUCUGGAGUCGAACCUGCUGCCCCUAAUAACCUAGAUCGUAUUGAUCAACCAAACCGUCCAUUGGAUGGAAUAUAUAAAUAUCCUAUCACAUCUGGUUCUGGAGUAAAUGUUUAUAUCGUUGAUACAGGUAUUAAUACAGCUAAUGUAGAGUUUGGAGGACGAGCAAUAUUAGGACCUGUCUUCUGUAGUGGAUGUCCAAACUCUGAUGAUCAUGGGUAUCCAUUUUUGAUUUCUAUUCGAACUCGCUAUGGAGUAGCAAAACAAACAACUUUAAUUUCCAUUAAAGUUUGUAAUUCACAAGGCCAGUGCCAGAACAGUGAUAUCAUUACAGCAUUAACUUACAUAAGAAACCAACAUAGAAGUAGCUCUAACAAGAAUACAGUGAUUAAUUUGUCUCUGGGUGGUGGUUUUUCACAGAUUCUAAAUGACGCAGUUACAGCAGCAGUUAAUGAUGGUAUCCAUGUUGUUGUCGCUGCUGGAAAUUUUGCAAUAAAUGCAUGUCAAACUUCGCCAGCAUCAACACCAGAAGCCAUAACAGUUGCAGCUACCGAUACUUCUACAGAUACUAUUGCAAGUUUCUCAAACUUUGGAACAUGUGUUAAUAUCUUUGCUCCAGGUACAUUAAUUACUGCAGCUGGAAAUUCAGGUCCUGCAUCUUUAUUAACAUUUUCAGGAACUAGUCAAGCAACACCUCAUGGGACGAUUGCUUUGAUGAUUGCAUCUGGCGGAAAUAAAUCUCCAGCUCAAAUGAAAAUAGAUCUUGAUAAUUUAUCAACAAAAAAUGUAGUAUUGG